GGAAGAACCUUGCCAGUGUAGCUUCACAAUGCGCAGGCGCAGUAGAGAUGCGCGUGGUUGGAGUUGCGCGGGCGUCGAAGGGAGGAGUGCCCUCGGCGGUUAGCGCCUCUGGCUGUUCAGCCUGUGGAUCUGCGUUAACCCUGACAGAAGAGGGAGGAGAAUUGUGUGCUUUCCUUAUACAUCAUUGCAGAAGAGGACUUCAGUAGAUGAAAAUGAUUGAAGUCUUGAUGUUGAAGAUUGAAGACCCAGGUUGCUUUUGGGUCAUUGUAAAAGGAUGUGGGUCUUUUGUAGACCGUGAAAUGGAAUAUAAAAAACUGCAUGCUGAAAUGAAUCAGUUCUAUAACAGAGAUGUGGAGGAAGUAAAGCCAUUAACAUUAGAAGAAGGGCAGGUUUGUGUGGUUUUUUGUCAGGAACUGAAAUGCUGGUGUAGAGCAGUUGUUAAGUCAAUCCUGUUCUGUGCUGAUCAUUACCUGGCAGAGUGUUUCCUUGUGGAUUAUGCCAAGUAUGCUCCUGUUAAAACAAAAAACAUUCGGGUUGCAGUGGAAGCAUUUAUGCAACUCCCAUAUAGAGCGAAAAAGUUUAGACUGUACUGCACAAAGCCAGUCACGUUGCGUAUAGAUUUCUGUGAAGAUGCUGCAGAAAUAGUACCUGCAAAGAGAUGGGACAGCGCUGCUAUUCAGUACUUCCAAAACCUUCUAAAAGGAACCACCCAGAUUGAGGCGAAGUUAUGUGCUAUAGAAGAUGACAAUUUUGAUGUUUAUCUUUAUGUAACAAUAAAAGAUGAAAAGGUAUGUGUUAAUGAUGAUCUCGUUGCAAAGAACUUUGCUCGUUAUGUGAUGACCAAAGAAAACACAGUUAAUUCUGCCAAAAGUCAAAAGCCGUGGUCCUCAUUAAGUCUGAAGUCAUCUCCAGAGAAAGUGAUCAGUCCUGCACUUGCUCUUUGGCCAAUGUUAAUGCAGGGGAAGGUACACAAUAAUCUUGAAACAAGUGGUGGUGCUUCUAAUUCUUUUCUUGAAAAGACAUGCAGAAAAAUUGCUGCACCUGCUUUUAAUGGAAAAACUGAGUCUGCUGUCAGAGCAACUGUGGGUUUCUCUUUUAAAGAAAAUAUAAAUAUUUCUGCACAGCCUACUGUGCGGGUAAACAGACUCCUGCAGUUUUUGAAUCCUGAUCCUUUGAAAACUGAUAAUCAUUAUGAACAGCAGGAGUUUCAAAAGAUCAAUACAGAAAAACCUCCCAUUGUUCUCAGCAACAAAAUAGAGCCAUGUUCAGUUCUUGAAACAACACCACUUUUGGUAGAUCUGAAAAAGGAGCUUCUCCGAAAUAAAUUUCUAGGUCCUAAUCUCACGGAAUCUUACUGUUGGCCACCAAUAGCUCGUGGAUGUGACUCAGUUGUCAUUUCUCAUCAUGGAAAUGAUCCUCUUUUGUAUAUUCCACCAGUUCUUACAUUUUUACAAUCAGGAAGCUGCUACAAGUCACUGCCAACUAGGAAUGGGCCAAUAGCAUUAAUCAUAUGUCCUGGGUGGAGGAAAGCACAACUUGUUUUUGAAUUAUUGGAAGAAUAUGGCAGAUGCUCCAGGCCGCUUCAUCCAAUGUUGGUAUUAUUAGGAGUGAAUAAAGAAGAAGCCAAAAAUGUGAAACUUCAACGAGGAUGUGAAGUGAUUGUAACUACACCAUACAGCCUUUUGAGACUGCUUGAACACCACAGCUUAUUAUUUCUUAGACUUUGUCAUCUUGUUUUUGAUGAGGUUGAUAACUUGUUCUCUGAAGCUAGCAAACAAAUAUUUACUAUAUUAGAGUAUUACAAGAAAACAAUUACUAUUGAAGAGCGGGAAUCGGCACCACAUCAAAUUGUUGCUGUUGGAAGUCAUUGGAGUAAACAUAUAGAACAUUUAACAAAAGAGUUCAUGAAUGAUCCUUACAUUGUGAUAACAGCUAUGGAAGAAGCUUCCAUAUAUGGAAAUGUGCAACAGGUGGUGCAACUUUGCUUGAACUGUGAGAGAACCUCUGUAUUACUUCAGAUACUGGAUUUUACUCCCAGUAAAGCUCAAAAGACCCUGAUUUUCACUAAUUCUGUGGAUGAAACAGAAAUGGUCUAUAAAGCAGUGGAGAGUCGUUCCAUAUUCUGCUUGAAAGUACACAAAGAAAUUGAAUUUCAUUUCAAAUAUGCUGUAGAGCAAUGGAAAAAAAAAUUUAGUUCUGGCACCCAUGUUGUGUUAGUUUUAACUGAUGACUGCAUGCCGUCCUUGGGAAUUACUGAUGCAAAUUGUGUGGUUCAUUUUAGUUUUCCUGCUUCUCCAAGAGUCUUUGGUGUGCGCUUACACAGCAUGUCUGAUAACUUCCAGAAUGUACUAGAAAAGGGUUCCUCUGUAGAUCAAGUAUAUACAAAGGCAAAAUCAAUCUUAUUGCUGACAGAAAGAAAUGGAUGCCAUGCAGUUGGUGUACUGCGUUAUUUAGAACACACAGAAGCUAAAAUUCCACCAGAAUUGUGUGACUUUACAACGGGGGUGCUUGAGGCUAAAGAAGAUAAGAAACUUGCAAGGCCUCUUUGUCAGUACCUUAAAAGAUCUGGUGUUUGCAAGGAUAUGAGAAUAUGUCCAGAUCGUCAUCAAGUUCGCUUACAAAUAGACUUACCCCAAAAGAUGUCAGAUAACACUAUACCAAUGACUGGAUGUGUCACAAUAGUACCUCUCCACAUUGUGGAUGCAACAAACUACUUCGGUCGCAUAAUAGAUAAACAAAAGGAUCAAUAUGCAAUUCUUGAUGGAGAGAUGAUUGAGUAUUUUAAGAAAGCCAGGAAUAAAGUGUCCGUUGAAAUGGUGGAGAAACUAGCACUAUAUGGAUUACAUGAAGAAGGUCUUUUUCACAGGGUUCAAGUGUUGGAGAUACCCCCAAAAGAAGAAAAUUGUUUCGUGUACAAUGUUACUAUCAGAUACAUAGAUGAAGGCAGAACUGGUCAAGUUCAGGUUCAUCGGCUGUUUCACUUACCUACAAGAUUUCAAAUUUUGCCCCCGCAGGCUGUGGAAUUUAUUGUUUGUAGGGUGAAACCUAUUGAUAAUGAAAUUGAAUGGAACCCUAAGGUUACUAGAUAUAUUCAUCACAAAAUUAGAGGAAAACUUCAUGAAGCAAAAAUAGUUCUUGCCUUGGGAAAUACAAUUUGGGUUGAUCCAAUGGUCCGGGUCACCAAGCUUUCAGAGUUGAAGGCGUCUAUCAAUGAAUACAAUAUUCGAUCUGAGAUUUUGUCUAUGGGAAUGGGAAUUGACAAUCCAGAACAUAUAAAACAACUUCAAAAGUUGUGUAAACAUGCAAAAAUGUUAGCUCUUGAGGAGAAAACCUUUCAAACUUUAAUGCUCUCUUUUACACCCAAAAGAAGUGUGUUGGAGCAGGAUGCGGACAGCCGGCAGAGUGUGUUGGAGCAGGAUGCGGACAGUCCACAUAGCUUAUUAAUGGGAGAAAAUUUCACCGACAUUUGCAAUAGCUCUCCAAUGACUUUGGAAAAUCAUCAGCGUGAUACUAUAUCUGAACUUAAGAAAGCAGAAGAAUCUACACAGCAUCAUCGUAAAUGUUUCUAUCCAGAAAUAAAAUGGUUUCAAAAGGAAGAUAUUGUUACCAUGAAGAUAAAAUUAAGAAAUGUACGUGACUAUAAAUGUGAUUUUUUUGGAGACAAGGUUGUUUUCAGUGCUUUUUCAGGAGACAAAUUUUAUGUGGCUGACAUGGAGUUGCAUGCAAACAUACUUAAAGGAAAGUCUGUUUGUGUGAUUAAGAAUGAAGAACCUGUGAUUAUCCUUGCAAAAGACAAGAAGGAAUUUUGGUGCCGUCUACUAAAGCAUAAGAAUCCUAAUGUGUCUUUUGAUUUUGAACACUGGGAAGAUUUUGAGGAUAAAAGCCCCUUUCCUGUUGCUACUGGUCAUUGCUGAGGAUGGGCUACAUGACUAAGUUUGCAGAACUAAUGUAGAGAUGGAUACAACCAGGGAUUCAGAUGUUUACCAGUGAAAAUAAUUGUCAUGUCCCCCUCACUAAGCAUUGUGGAGUAAGAGCAUCACUAAACGGCAAAUACACUGAAGAUUUCCUGUAGAAGAUAAGAUGUCUCAUGCAUACUAAAUUGUCACUUUCUACAAACCAAUUUCAAAAAAGAUACGUUUACCUCUGUGACAUAAUUAAAAUAUUGAUAGAGUUAAAAAAUGUACAAUGGUAGUGAAAAAUUCUUUUCUGAAAGCUAAGAAAGUUAGUUGUUUUUUUUAUGAUUGGACUCAGUCCUGCAACAAAAAUAGUGUCUCACUUGGUACUUCUAAUCACAAAAUGAAAAGUUGCUUACCACAGCGACCGCCUGGGACUGCAGAAGUUCUGUUGAAGUCAUUAUUGUGAAAUAUGAAAUAUUAAUCAGAACAUAGCAAACUGAAACCAAUGGGAUUCCAAUGAUUAUAGAAAGUGGUAGAUUUCUACAGAAUGUAAAAACAUAGUAUCAGCAUUUCUAAACCACUAGGCAGUUUUAUUAUAAUGGACUGUAGACGCUUUCCUGUUUUAGUUCAAAUUUAGGAUUCUAAAAAAAAUCACAGAUACCUUAACUAGUAAAUAUUGUAUAUGAAUCAUUGUGUUAAGACUGAAGGAUCGCUGUUCAGGACAAUCACGUUUUUAGGAAUUCAGUACCUGUGUUACUUAUGCUAUCAUGGAUGAUUAAAAUUGAAGGAAUUUUUUAAAUUUAAAUUCCUUUUUCAACAUUUAUGCUAUUUGUUCUCAUUUUUCACUAACUUGAGUAAAGUGAAAUUCCAGUUGGGUAUUCCUAGUGCAUGUACUUUCUAGUUCUCAUGUAAUAACAUAGUAGCUAUUCACUCAUGGGAUUGAUGCAAAGGUGAAUCACAACUUCAUACAAAUUGGAUCUGACUGUACCUGACCCACUUGUAUCUGGCAGAGCAGAUCAAUGUGUGCUCUGACUAGAACAAUAUGUUACAUUUACUGGAUUUUUGCAACUGCUGGGGAAUGGGUAAAUCCCCAGCCUGCCCUGUUUUUAUUUCCAUUUAACAACAACACAUUUUUGUUCCUCUUACAAUUUGAUAAAAUUUGUUUUUACAAAGUCUACAUUCACAGGUAUUUCUUUUUGCAGCCAGUACCUCAAGUAAUUCAUACUGAUGGCUCCUCCUCUUUCCACAGGUGAUUGGCAGGCAGCUGAUGAGUCAGAAGAAAAGGAGAGUUCCCUUCCACAAGGGCAGAGUAGUGCUACUGUGCAUAGAGCCUAGUUUCUGUUUUGCCUCAUGCAUGAGGAGCAUGAUGUGCAGCUCCUAGCAGGGACUAUUUUUCUUGGGAAGAUGCAUGCAAAACCAUGGAUAAAAAUUAGACCUUAUCAGCUGCUCUUUUUGCAGUGGCCAGUAAGCAGAUACAGAAGGGACCUAUGGCCUGAAAUGCCUGGGCAUGUCUCUCUUCCACCUGAAGACCCAGCUGACUGCCGAGUCUAAUAAUACAGAUGUCUGCUACUUUUUUCAUAAACAGAUGGUCUCUUAUUUCUAACUUGGCUCACAGAAAUAAAAGUAAAGCCCUCCAUGUUGGUCUCUCCUGGCACCACAAGCACAUGAGUUUCUCCCCACAUUCAGACAUCCUGCUGCUGGCUCCCCUCUGAUGGUGCCUUCCCCUCCCCUGUGCCUUCAUUGAUCUAGAGCUGGCUUGGAAGCCAAAGUUUCCACAGCUGCUGCCUCUCUCACUUGGCCUAACUGCAGAGGUCAGUCCCUCUCUAAGGACCACAGGAACAAGAAUCCCUGUGGAAAGCAGCCAUUCUUUGAAGCCUGAAAGUUCUUCCUUUCCAAAAGAGUACCCUACCCCCUCAAAAAUCUUGACUUCCCAAGCAUGUCUCAAAAGGAAAGGAUCCUGCACGUACUUGCCCAGGUUCAAGCAUUUGCAUAGGGAGGAUAAUAUCAUUCAGUCAACUGAUUACCACUGAGACUGUUUUGUAGUGCAAAAAUGCAAAGCAUCUUGAAAAUCAUCGAUUUCUAAGUGGAUUCAACAAAGUAAAAGCCCAUCAAGACCAAGGGACAGGCUGCCUCUUGGGCAGGAAAAUUGGGGAGGAGGCAGCCUCUGUAAACAAGAUUUACAUGAUCAUCGGGAAGUGCAGAUGUUUAAUUAAAAUUUAGUAAGCAUAUGGAUGUUGUUGCCUUAUCUAAUGCAAAUUUUGGCCAACACAUUCUAAAUUCAACAAACUCGUUUAAUCCAGUAUAUUUUUAAAGAGUCUUGGCACAGAGGUUUUUUCCAUCCUAGUUCAGCUGAUUGGUACUUAUAUUUAGAGCCCACUCAUAUGGAUUACUGGGGCUACUUGCUCAGAAAAGGGAUUUGUUCCCUAUCUGUAAAAUUGAUCUCUGGGAGAGUAACUCCAGUAGUCCAUAUGCCCACCUAGUUGUUAUUGUUUCACAUAGUUGGUGUUGGAUGAUAACCAAUUCUCUUAGUGAAUUAAUUCUAGGGGAGUCACUCUCCUGGUUCCUCUGUGUGUACUAGCAGCAGUGACUUCUUGUAGUGGGAGCCUCUUCUUUUUCUGUACUGGCUGACUGCCUGUCAAUCACCUGUGAAGAGAAGUCAGGGUUACUGGACUUACACUUUGAGAAACCCAUUUUACAGGUUGGGAAGAAAUCUCUUUUUUUAAUUGUCAUUAAUGUAACUAUUGUGCACUCAAGAUUUUCUAGAAGAGACUAGGAAGCUUGAUGCAUGUGUCUCUAGGCCUGCGAUUACUUCUGAAUUAACUUUUGGUAGUUUCUCUUGACUUUAGAACACAACUUCUCACUCCUAAUGGGAAUUGUGUAUGCACAUUGAAGGGAAUGAUAUAGUCUGUAUUCAGGCAGUUUUCUAUACUAUAGAGGGGCUUUCCUCACUAUUUAUUUAUUUCGAUAAUAAUAAGAUUGAAACCUCCCUGAAAUCUGUGUGGAUGCUAAUCCAAAAAUUAAAUACUCUAUUAAAUCCAAAGUAGCAGUCAGCAAGGGGAUGGAAAAGAAUUAAUUAGCAUUCAUUCUCUGUACUCUUUUGCAUUGUAGUGUCAUGGAAAUGAAUACUUAAUUAGAGAUGAUUCACAAGUAUACAAUAAUCAGUGUAAAAAACAGAAUAAAUGCUAAUAAAAUUAUUCCUUUGUGAACAAGCACCAAAACGUCUGAGUGCUCAGUUCUUAACCAGAGAGAGAGUAAAAUAUGCAGUUGUUAUUAAGACUUCUAAUGAUCUGAUAGUGGCAUUAGAAGUUGUGCCUUUCUUGCUUUCUAGGUUA